UACUAAAAUGAGCUGCCCAAAACAAAUUAAUGAAAAUAGCCCGUUAGCACUAAAUAGUGCAUUAAGUAUUUUUUCUGUACCUCCUACAAACGUUUCUGUUGUCCGAUCCUUUUUUAGAGAAAUUCUUCCUCUUAGUACAAUAACACAAGAUUCUCCGUAUUUGUUUCGAUUGUUCAGUGAUAAUCUUUGGACUGACUUGUCUCGAACUUAUCUUUACCUCGAGUUAUCAAUUGAAAAGUUGGGAGCCAAUGGCAAAUGGGUUGAUAUUGAAGCAACAGAUAAUAACAUUGGAUCGAUUCAAGGUGUUGGACAAACAUUUGUUCAGCAGUUGAAGGUAACUGUUGGCAAUACUGAAGUUUAUGAUAGUGGUACUCUUUAUCCUUACAAAGCAUAUAUUACUAAUGAGUUGUCAUUUCCUGACAACGUUAAAUCGCAUUUUCUUGCAUCUAUUGGAUAUUAUAGAACCGAAAAACAUGAUGAUCCUACAGAUGAUGGUUUCAAAAAUCGUUGCUCUGUUUUUGCAAACGGUAAACGCUCACAAUUCCUUUCGCGCCUAGAUUUUGAUUUGG